AUGACGGUCAGGUGCGAGAAGAAAGUCAGCAUCAAAGAUUUCUCACUAGAACCCCACGGUGUCACAAAAAGGAAGAAGUGGGUUUGGUUGAUGACUGCGGUAGCCAUCUUGCUGGCCGUCGUUGAAGAACUGCGGUCUGGCAGACUACUCAGACACCUUGGUGGAUAUCGCCCUGAUAUCGAGUGCUCUAUCACCCCCGGAACCUUGGUGGCACCAUGGAUCAAGCGGUCUGUCAGCUCACAAAGAUACUGCAAAAAGCCCAGGCCCGUAAUGACAACCAUUGCAGUCGCGAUAAGGCAUUUGUACGCAGUGUGUCUCCCGAUCCUCAGCAAAGCCAGCCCAACAAAGACUCUCACGGUUGCGAUAGCGAAAACGUAUAUCGGCCCCGAAAUCACGUUCAUCAUCAUGCCCUUCGGUUACCUCGCGAGGAGAACAUCUCCAGCAUGA